AUGUCGCCCCAGCGCCGCGACUCGGACGAGUCGCCGCGAAAGCGGCGCCGGACCGAGGCCCAGGCGACGGGCAGCCAGAGUGCGACAGGCAAGCUGAUGAGCUUCCUGGGCUGCCUCGCGCGGAGCCCAGCCGAGUCUUUGACACUGCUUGUGAAAAACAAGAUGAAGGAGAUCAAGGGCAGAUCAAAAAUGGUGCAUAUACGCUUAGCCAUAGGCAAAGCCGUCGCUCACUAG